UCGAGGACGGCAGAAUCAAUCGGCAUGUAUGAGGAGUUCACCAGCAAGAUCAAGUUCCGAUAGCCGCUGAUGUCGUGCUCGCCCCUGUUUUCUUAUAUCUGACCGGUUGUGGGCUCUCCCCUCCGAGUUGUGAUGAUUACUAUUCUACAUCAUCUCACGCAAGUUGGACCUGGUCAUUUGUCAUCCUCUCCCAUUCAUCCAUAGACAUAUAGACUUGCUAGAAUCUCUACUCUUUUUGUCUUUCAAUACUCUUUCUCUCAUUCAUUAGAUUCAACUCUACACGGGUCACGUUGCGAAGAUGCCUGCAAAGAUGCCUGACACCUAUCCCUCCCACGCCGAGGACAUUGAGUCCAAGGACAACGCCACGGACUCUGGUUAUGUCAGUGGUAGCUCAAGUGAUGACUAUCUCCCUGAGAUUGUCUUCACGAAGCCACACCUGCGGUUCCUCAACAGACAGCUGCAGUUCCUCGAACCUCAAGAUGUCUUGAGAUGGUGUGUUACAUCACUUCCUCACCUUUUCCAGACCACCGCGUUUGGUCUUACUGGACUCGUCACUCUUGAUAUGCUUUCAAAGCUGGAUGUCCCUCGCCCUCAGAUGGUCGACCUCAUCUUCCUGGACACGCUUCAUCACUUCUCGGAAACCCAUGCUCUGGUUGACAAGGUUCGCCAGAAGUAUCCCUUGAACAACAUCCAUGUCUACAAGCCCAAAGGCCUCAACUCUGAGGAAGAGUUUGCCAAGAAGUACGGUGACCGCCUAUGGGAACGGGACGACCAGCUCUACGACUGGGCUGCCAAGGUAGAGCCCGCCCAGCGUGCCUACCGUGAACUGAACGUUCAUGCUGUCCUUACCGGCCGUCGCCGUAGUCAGGGUGGCAAGCGUGGUGACCUUGACAUUAUCGAGGUUGACGAGGCUGGUCUUAUCAAGAUCAACCCUCUGGCAAACUGGACCUUCGAUCAAGUCAAGCAGUACAUCAAGGACAACAAUGUGCCCUAUAAUGAGCUGCUCGACCGCGGCUACAAGAGCAUUGGUGACUACCACUCUACCCAGCCCGUCAAGGAAAACGAGGAUGAACGGUCUGGUCGCUGGAAGGGCCAAGCCAAGACCGAAUGUGGCAUCCACAACCCUCGCUCCAAGUAUGCUCAAUACCUGAUGGAGCUUGAGCGCAAGCGCCAGGAAGAGGCCCUAUCUCAGGCGCUGCAGAACCAAACGACCACUGCUCAAUGAGCAUGGUCUUCGGUCACUUCCGACUUGCAUUGAUAAAUGGCGUUUGGG